AACAUGUAUUCUCGCGAGAGUUACCGGCAGCACUCAGAUCUCGUGUGUUUACGGUUGCUAAAAGCCGCUGAGAAACAACAGUGUGAAGAAGCUGUUGUGUUUUCAUUUUAACAUCGCAGAGGUUUAAAUAUGCAACAGGCAGAAACUACAGCAGCGUCACGUUCACCUGAGACUUCCGGGUCAUUUCACAGAUAAGCCAGUGAUGCUGUCUGGCUGCUAGCACGCCGCAGUUAGCUAAAUGCUAAGGUUAGCCUCGCCCGGGACAACGUGAGCAACAUUGAGAGUUUGUGUUUUCAGAGACAGUUUUUAGUUUUUUACAGUUUAUCCGAAGAUGAAGUGUCACUACGAAGUGUUGGGCGUGAAACGAGACGCGGGAGAUGACGAUUUAAAGAAAGCGUAUCGUAAGCUAGCGCUGAAAUGGCAUCCAGAUAAGAACUUGGACAAUGCUGAGGACGCAGCAGAGAAGUUCAAGCUGAUUCAGGCGGCUUAUGAUGUCCUGAGUGAUCCACAGGAGCGAGCUUGGUAUGAUAAUCACAGGGAGGCUCUGCUGAAAGGAGGAGUGAGUGGAGACUAUGAAGACGACAGUAUUGACCUGCUGCAGUACUUCACAGUCACCUGUUACUCUGGCUAUGGAGAUGAUGACAAUGGUUUUUACACAGUUUACAGGAAUCUCUUUGAGUCCAUUGUUAAGGAGGAAAUGGAGCACGUCAAGGUAGAAGAUGAGGAAGAGGACUUUCCUCCCUUUGGAGACUCGAAGAGUGACUAUGAUACCGUAGUGCACGUGUUUUACGGCUACUGGCAGAGCUUCUGCACUCGAAAAAACUUUGCCUGGAAGGAGGAGUAUGACACGAGACAGGCGUCCAACCGCUGGGAGAAAAGGGCAAUGGAGAAGGACAACAAGAAGACCAGGGAAAAGGCUCGAAAGGAGCGCAACGAGCUGGUGCGACAGCUGGUGUCUUUCGUUCGCAAACGUGACCGCCGCGUGCAGGCCCACAGGAAGCUGGUGGAGGAGCAGAACGCAGAGAAGAUCAAGAAGGUGGAGGAGCUGAGGCGGAAACAGAAGCUCAGCCAAGCCAAACUGGCGGAGGAGUACAAGGAGCAGAGCUGGGCGUCCAUGUCUGAACUCGAGAAGGAGCUGCAGCAGAUCGAGGCUCAGUACGGAGAGGAGUUUGGAGAUGUGUCAGAGAGCGAAGAAGAGGAGCAGGAUGUGGACACACAGGAGAAGAACAGUGAAGAGGGAGGAGAGCAGCCUGAUGAAGACGAACUGACGAUUGAAUACUAUGACGACCUGUACUGCCCAGCCUGUGACAAAUUAUUCAAAUCAGAUAAAGCAAUGCAAAACCAUGAAAAAUCCAAAAAGCACCGGGAGAUGGUGGUGUUGCUAAGGCAACAGCUGGAGCAGGAAGAGGAUUCACUAGGUUUGAACGUCAACGGGAGGGAGGGAGGAAAUGAGGAUAAUGACCCGGAGGAGGAGGAAGAGGAGGAGGAAGAAAAGCCAAGGCAAAAGCUGUCCAAAAAACAAAAGAGGAAAAAGAAACAGAAGGAAGUCGUACACCAGAGCCCUCCAGAGGAAGAGGAGGAGAAGGAGAAACCUACGCAGACCACGUGCGAGGAAGACGCCCCCGAUACGUCUGCGGACCCGACAGAGCCUGAGAAGGAGGAUGAUCCCCCUCCCACAGAAGUCAAGAGCGCUGGGAAGACGAAGGGAAAGAAGGGAGGAGGAAAAGACAAAACGAAGAAUGUCAAGUCAAACACAGGAGGAGACGAGGUCCCUGAGAAGGAAGCGAACCUUCGCUGUGGGACCUGCAACUACGAGUUCCCCACGAGAAACAAGUUGUUUGACCACCUAAAGACUAGCGGUCACGCCACCGCUCUCUCUGCAAACGCCUCACACAGUGCAACAAGCAAGAGCAAAAAAGACAAGAGGAAGAACAGAUAACACGACUGAAUCCGGGCUGAUGAAGCUGAAAGACAAUGAAACGUGUCCCAGGAGGUAGAUGAACUUAAAAAGUGGAAUUAGCCAAGAGGAUAGUUUUUAUUUUUAAAUUCUCAAUUAUCAUAUUGGGUGACUGUGUGUAUGUGUGAGGGAUAUUGUGCUGAACCACAACCUCUCUCAGUAACUUACGAAUCACUGUACAGCUAAACCCACACAGGACGUCGCAACAUAAACACACAACCAGAUACUUAACUGUUUGAAAAACCAUCUCUCUAUUUGUCAUGAAGACUGCAUUCUGAAAAUAAAUGUGAUGAUGCAUGUUGGUAUUUAUACAACAAUCCUGGACUGAUUUCAUAAAUGUUUCUAAUGACCGACAAUAAACUGUUAUUAGCUUUAUCUGUA